CCGGACGAAGGAAGUAUACUCCUUGAGUGUAGUCCCUCCGUCUCAAAAUAAAUGCAAUUCUAGGACCAAACGCAAAGAGGAGUCAAGCACCCAACGCUCUACUUGUAGUAAGUAGUAACAUUGCUGGAGGAGAGGAUCAUGACAAUGGAAGAAGCAGCCGCCGGUGACAAGCUCGACGUGGUGCUGUUCCCGUGGCUGGCGUUCGGGCACAUGAUCCCGUACCUGGAGCUCGCCAAGCGCCUGGCGGCGAGGGGCCACGCCGUCACGUUCCUCUCCACGCCGAGGAACGUCGCCAGGCUCCCGCCCGUGCCGGCGCAGCUGGCGCCCCGCCUGCGCCUCGUGGCUCUGCCGGCGCCGGUCGUGGAGGGCCUGCCCGAGGGCGCCGAGUCCACGGCCGACGUGCCGCCGGAGAAGAACGAGCUCAUCAAGAAGGCGGUCGACGGCCUCGCCGCCCCGUUCGCGGCGUUCCUCGCGGACGCCGUCGCCGGCGGGAGGAGGCCGGACUGGAUCUUCAUGGACUUCUGCCACAACUGGCUCCCGGCAAUCGCAGACGAGCACGGGGUGGCGUGCGCCGCGUUCCAGAUCGUGCCGGCCGCCAUGAUCGCGUUUUUCGGCUCGCGGUCGGCGAACGCCGCGCACCCGCGCAAGACGCCGGAGGACUUCACCGUGCCGCCCAAGUGGUGCGCGUCGUUACCUUCCGCCAUUGCCUACCGCCGCCACGAGGCCGACUGGGCCGCCGGCAUGUUCAGACCCAACGCGUCCGGCGUGGCCGACAUUGACCGCCUGUGGGAGAUAACGGAGCGCACCCGCUUCACCAUCUACCGCAGCAGCGACGAGAUCGAGCCCGCCGGCGCCGGUGCGUUCGCCCUCCUCACUGAUCUCUUCCAGAAGCCGGCAAUCCCCGCCGGUGUCUUGUUGCAGCCUGAAUUCGAUGGCCGCGACGACGACAAGUCCAUAUCAGGAGCGAGUCCCGCGGUCCUCCAAUGGCUGGACAGCCAGCCACCGAAGUCUGUCAUCUACGUCGCCCUCGGGAGCGAGGCGCCGCUGACGGCCAGCAACUUGCAAGAGCUCGCGCUGGGGCUGGAACUCGCCGGCGUCCGCUUCCUUUGGACUUUCCGUAAGCCGAGCGGCAUGUCCGAACCCUGCGCCGACGUCGGCGAGCUGCUGCCAACCGGGUUCGAGGACCGGACACGGGGGCACGGCCUGGUGUGGACUGGGUGGGUUCCGCAGGUGCGGGUGCUCGCGCACGGCGCGGUGAGCGCGUUCCUGACGCACUGCGGCUGGGGCUCCACGAUCGAGGGCCUCGUGUCCGGGCACCCGCUGGUGAUGCUGCCGUUCGUCGUCGACCAGGGCCUCAUCGCGCGCGCGAUGGCGGAGCGCGGCAUCGGCGUGGAGGUGGAGAGGGUCGAGAGCGACGGCUCCUUCGGCAAGGACGACGUCGCGGCGGCGGUGCGGCGCGUCAUGGUAGAGGAAGAAGGGAAGGUGUUUGCAAGCAAUGCGGAGAAGCUGAAGGAAGUUCUCCGCGAUCAGCGACGGCAGGAUCAGUACAUGGACAAGCUUGAAGGGUACCUCACACGCUACAAGCCUACAAGGUAACAAGAACAACACAUCCUAAUGGUGCCGGUCCAAGGUAAUUUGGCAAGAACAUUAUUGCUCUCCGCUCUGCCUCUGCAUGUCUCUUUCUUUUUCUUUAAUAUUUUACAUGUGUAUUUUGGCAUGUCGACAAGAGUAUGCUAAAAGCUUGGCCGUAAAAUGGGAGAGACAGAAAUCCAUUUUACUUUGAUCAGCAAGUUACAGAGAACUGUACUCUGCUCUUUUAAGAAUGGCUAUGUGUGUUUUGUGUGCUGACAUUA